CUUUCCUAAUGGUUAGCUGCGACUCUCCACAGCUCCGCUAGUUUGAGGCAGUUUGCAUGACAAUUAACUGCUAGAUCGAACUACAAGAUUGAUAACUCGUAAAACACAGUGAGCUUUACAUGUUUAUGUCGUUUUACCGAGCCAUGUAACUGUAGCAGUGAGGACUAACGUUAACAAACAUUGGGUCAGUGUUGCGUCUUAUGGACUGCCACUUUCAACCAAAACAAUGUUGACAGACGACCUGUGGACACAUACCAACAAUCAGUCAUUUCAAGGAUGGAUAAAGGUGGAGUGAAGAAGAUAACAUAUAGAAGAGAUGACCAUUUAAGCAAGUUAGUCUACACUGAAAGCCCUCAGGAGGGAGGUCUGUUAAAAGUGACUCCUCACAGUGCCAUGUCCAUCACCUCAGUUGUUCUUCCAUCCACCCCGUUGAUGCAGCCAGGUCAGGUGCCUAACGGCCUCAGCAACAUCCACCUAACAGAUUUCUCCUCCGCCUCAGUCACUGCCACCGUCGGUCCCUUAUUGGAAGACCCAGAGCCCAGAAGCCUGACCAAAAACCAGAAGCUUCACCAGCAGCACUUACUCCAGACACAGAUUUGUUCUACAUUCGGGCGUCAAAACUUGAGGGAAAGUUUGCCCCAGUUGGAGGCCAGUACAGCAGAUAUUAACCAAUCCUGCAUGGAUUCACUUAUUGGAGGAUCAGAUCCCAAUUUCUUCCACACGAAAACAGAAGAUUUUUCAAUGGAUAAAGGAGAUCAGGAUCCCAUCGACCUUGAUCAUGCCUUUGAUCACAUUGGAAAAGAUGUUGAUGUGACUCAGAAAUUUUUCACAGACAACACUCUGGACCUGCUCCAAGACUUUGAGCUCACUGGGUCCCCCUCAGAUUUUUAUGUAGGGGAUGAUGCCUUCCUGUCCACUCUUGCAGCCGAUACUCUGCUUGGAGACGUUAGCUCAGAGAGAGACAUAAAGCCUGCUUUGGUUGAAAGCAUUAACAGCAGUGGGGCAGUCUCAGUUUCUCUCAAUGGCAGUAAUAUAACAGGUCCAGGUCAGUCCAGCCCAAGCAUAUCCACAACGGCCUCCUUAACCCCUACAGCCACUUUGUCUGCAAAGGUAAAGAAAGAAAAAGAUGCUGGCUUCAUUCAGCUCUGCACCCAAGACGGGAUCAAACAGGAAAAGACGUCUGCAGGCCAGAAUUAUUGCCAAAUCAGCGGUGCGGCCUCCACAGCGUCCAUGUCCACGUCUAACACCAUCUCCAUCUGUGGGGUGAGCACUUCAGGAGGACCAAGCUACCACUUUGGAACCACCUCCAGCAGCAAUGGAGCUCAGCAGCAGAAGGAUCAGAAGCCAGUGUCUAGUCUGUUUCUCCCAGUGACUACCAUCGGUGGGGCCUGGAGCAGAAUCGGGGACAACUCCGCCAUGCUCAGGGCCAGUGAGGCCUUCUCCAUCUCCUCCUCUUACCCCACCAGCUUUUCCAGUUCUACCUCCAGACAUGAAGUGGUCUCUGCCCCAUCCUCCACACAGGGGAAAAGCGGGACACACAAGAUCUGCCUGGUGUGCUCUGACGAGGCCUCAGGCUGCCACUACGGCGUGCUCACCUGUGGCAGCUGCAAGGUGUUCUUCAAGAGAGCGGUGGAAGGGCAGCAUAAUUACCUGUGUGCUGGGAGGAACGACUGCAUCAUCGACAAGAUCAGGAGGAAGAACUGCCCUGCCUGUCGCUUCCGCAAGUGUCUGAUGGCUGGCAUGAACCUGGAAGCGCGGAAAACCAAGAAGCUGAACCGCUUAAAGGGCGCCCAGCCGAGCAACCCGCCCGAGCUCAAUCCGUCUCCGCCAAUCGAGGCGCGCUCCCUCCUACCCGUGAAGUCCAUGCCUCAACUUGUUCCCACGAUGCUGUCCCUGCUGAAGGCCAUCGAGCCGGACACCAUCUUCGCCGGCUACGACAGCACCCUGCCCGACACCUCCACCCGCCUCAUGACCACCCUCAACAGGCUGGGCGGCCGACAGGUCAUCUCUGCCGUCAAGUGGGCCAAGGCUCUGCCAGGCUUCAGGAACCUGCACCUGGACGACCAGAUGACUCUGCUGCAGUGCUCCUGGCUCUUCCUCAUGUCCUUCGGCCUGGGCUGGAGAUCCUACCAGCAGUGCAACGGCAAUAUGCUCUGCUUCGCACCAGACCUCGUCAUCAACGAGGAGCGGAUGAAGCUGCCUUACAUGGCCGACCAGUGCGAGCAGAUGCUGAAGAUUUCCAGCGAGUUUGUCCGGCUGCAGGUUUCCCACGACGAGUAUUUGUGCAUGAAGGUGCUGCUGCUGCUCAGCACAGUGCCAAAGGACGGCCUGAAGAGCCAGGCGGUGUUCGACGAUAUUCGGAUGUCGUACAUUAAGGAGCUGGGGAAAGCCAUCGUGAAGCGUGAGGAGAACUCCAGCCAGAACUGGCAGCGUUUCUAUCAGCUCACCAAGCUGCUCGACUCCAUGCACGAGAUGGUGGGUGGGCUGCUGAGCUUCUGCUUCUACACCUUUGUGAAUAAAUCCCUGAGCGUUGAGUUCCCGGAGAUGCUCGCUGAGAUCAUCAGCAACCAGCUACCAAAAUUCAAGGCCGGGAGCGUCAAACCUCUCCUCUUCCAUCAGAGAUGACUGUGCCCCAAGACAGACACAAUGCCUUAAAACCCCCACCCCCCACAUCACCUCACCGAUCCCACCCCCCUCCACCAACCCCCACCCUGAAGAGCGACGAUGUACGGACCGAGGAUCCAAGGCGAGGAGUGAAUGAUGUCUGUGGGAGGGAGUAUGCAACUGUGUGUAGAGGCUCAAGGGUCUGGAGGGAGGGAGAGAUGGUUAGUGUCGAAACCAGACAGCACACAGGUUUGUUGAGAGGUGUCGUAUAACAAGUAGGAAUGUGAGGAGAUAAUCACAAAGAGAUAAAGGGUUACAUCCAUGUCGUCUCAGGUCUCAUACCGUCAAACACAGAACGAUAUCUAAGAUAGAUGAAAGAGAUAUCUAUGAACAGGUUCCGAUAGUAUUUUCUACAUUUUCAACUUGUAACAGUUUAUACAAUUUUCCAGAUCGUUGUAACCUGGGAAAGUGAAAAGCUUAAUUAAUAACAUGCUCUUGCGUAGGCUUUUAGACUGUAAGCUUCUCUUUUAGUUAUUAGAGGAGGUCUUGAUGUGUAUCAGUCGUAUGGGAGAGAAACUCCGAAAAAGCAUAUUGCAUUGCUUUGAUUGAUGCUUCGGACAUAAGAAACAAUUCUGUUGGAUUGUUUUGAGACGUUAAAGGAUGAUUCCUCCCACAGGCCGACCUCCUCCAGGUUUACACGCGUCUAUUACAAAAGGGAAAAAAUAUGUGCCUUUUUGCUUCAUAUAUCAUCCUAGCCAUUUCUUCUUCCUGUUCAGCCCACCACGGUAUACCCUCAUGCUGAUUGUACUUUCUAUGUUACAUGCAGUUGCAAGUUUUCUUUUUUUUUUUUUAAACGGCUGUGUUUAUCUUGAGAAGUGGCAGCUAGGCCCUCCUCCAUGUGUAGAAAUGAUCCUUAUCUUUAAGAAAUAAUAUUCGAAGCCUGCUUCCUUCCACGCAAUCUGCCGCACACUCAACUCCUUAAUUGUGUUUUGAGCUCUUUGUACCCAGCUAAAGGCUUUAAGAGACUGUGAAGAAAGACUGUUCUGCUGAAGCAGUCUUUACUAUAUAACUUUAGAUGGAAGUUAUACAACUUUUUCUAUAGGAAACAGCCGGCUUUCAUAGUUAUGUUAGCCCCCACUCCUGCCCCAAAGUCUCAUUAUGGAAUGUGUCAGAAACCUGCGUCUAUCAAUCAGAGAAGAGAGGGCAGAUUUUAUUGUGUUUGAAACAUGUCAUUUUUAAUUAAUCAGGAAACUAAUUUCUGUGGUUCUAACGUUGCUCAGACUGGUUGGAAAAUAGCCGUCCUUCAUCUUAAACUUCUUUUUAUAGUCUGUUUUGUAAAACUGACCAACAUGCAGUCGUAAUUCUGCCACUGAUGAUCCUCCUGCGACAGUAUAUCCGCGCUUGCAUCUGACUUAAGAUAUUUCAUUAUUAAAAGCCUUUGCAUUGCUGCUUUGCUAUUUUGUGAAAGGAAUAGUUUGACAUUCACGGAAAAGCAUUAGUUUGAUUUCUUGCGGAUGAUAUUAAUGCCGUAAAUAUAGUCAGAUACGAGUUAGCUUAGCUUAGCACAAAGACAGGAAGUAGGGAAACCACUGGCCUUGCUCAGUCUAAGGUAAACGGUCAGACACUUAACCUCCAGUAAAACACCAUAUUUUAGUUUUUGUAUUGAGUUAUCAAACAACAUAAUAUGUGUUGCAUGGUUGCAUAUUUUUAGACGGACCCACGCCAGCUGUUUUCCCUCCGUUUUUUUGCUAAGCUAAAUAGCUCCUAGCUGUAACGUCAUAUGUAAAGUUGUCAGUCUUACAAAUUAUUCCUUUGAACUGGCCUGUGUGCCAGGCAGCUUUUUGGAUCAGGCGAUGGCAGUACAUCACCCUGUGAACCUCCCUGACCUUUAACCCCUCCUGUUAAUGCCUUCUGCUCUUUUAACACCCUGUAGGCUCCUUGUGUUAAUGUGUGUGUGUGUCUUUAGUACAUUUACAUGUUUACCUGUCCAUUUGUUCGGUAGCCCCAAUGUUUGAAAGCACUUCGCCUCAGUCGCCUCAUAGAGUCGUGUGAAAGUGUAGCGUCACUGACCGGGAGACUGGCAAGAUCGAUCCUUUUUAUUCUCUGGGAAUUUUUCAGUGCCAAACUCCUGUACUAUCUGUUUAUAAAGUGAUGCUGGAAGUUGGUCAGUGUUUGCAUGGAAAGCGGGAAACAAGUCCCAGUAUUGAAGCUUAUACUUCAGUUUGAAUUGUAUGAGCGUCUGUGAUUGAGGUCGUCAUUAAUGAGCACUUACUUCUUUUUUUCAUAACACAAGGCACUCAAAGAUGUGUUGUGUAAUCACACAGAAUACCCUAGGUCUCUCAUUAUCCCUGUCUGUGUGUUGGUUAAGUAAGUGGGAGUUUUAACCCAAUUUAAUCAGCUCAGUUUGUCAUGUUGUGUUUUUAAAGCACAGAAAUAGCCCAGGUUUUGACAUGAAUGUUGACCCCAAAGGGGAUUUAUUUUAAUUAUAAACAAAAUGCUCUUGACGGAUAAAAGAUGAUGCCAUGACUGUUUGAAAUAAUUGGAUAAAUACGUCAAGAGAGCGAAUACAGAGUACUCAUUGCAGUAUGGAAAAUGUCAAAUGGUUUUUGCUGUUGCUAGAUUAUCCCAACAAAAAAGCACUCAUUAUAAAUGUUGAACCGCUUCCCAUGCUCAGGUUGUUGAAAUGUCCGAUUCACACACUGCGUGGUUGUCCAUGUUUUAUGUCCUGACUUCAAAAACCAAAAACAGUCAGUUUGCAUCCCAAAAUGUUUCUGCUUCUGUGAUUUAGGGCGUGUAUUUUCUUUUUGGGUAAGGAUUUCCAAGAAGGUCCUGCCAUCGUCUCAUUCAUACCUCGGCUCAGAAAAUGAUACUUGCUAUUUUCCUUUCUGAUGUUUAUUCAAAACCAUGUUCAUUAACUGCAUAGUGAUUACUCAUGGGUUACUUUCACAUUCAGUGAAUCCAAAACUCUGCUGCUUCUCAUUUUAACAGGAUUAUAUAUACUAAUGUAUAUCGCACACUUGCCUCAUAGCUCAAAAAUGUAUUCUUGUUUACUUUUUAGUACAUUUUUGAGGAGGACAACUGAAUAUGCAAUAGAAAUGACAGCUCAUCUGUCAUGAUCACAUUACAAAAUGUGGUCACUUCCUCUCUUUGUUUCCAGUAUAAGCUAUUUGCAUACAGGAGAUUCACAUUUAACAAUAUCUCUGCAGGUCAGAUAUUCAGGAAAUAAUACAGUUUGUCAAUAAUACGUCUACACAGACUGGACACACAGCCUAUUUUUAGUUUGACUACAAGGUGACCAAAGCAAACACAGACAAAUUCAACACGUGUCAGUUCAAACUAUGUAGCUACUAGAAAACAAAUGUACAGUUCUUUGUUUGUUUUUUAAACACAUUUUUUUACUCUUACGUGACAGCUUUGGUCAAAUUCUGUAAUACUGUGAAUAGGAUAGGAUUCAGUCUUUUCACACAAACUGUUUGUGAAAGUAAUCAACCAGCGUGAAUCUAAAAAAAAAAGAAAUUUGCACUACCCAAAUAUUGUUUGAAAAUCUAUUUUGUAUAAAGCAUAUGCAGACAUUUCUGAAUUAUCAAGGGCAGAUCAUGUUUCACUGGUAUAUGCUUUCUCUAAAAAUAAGCUUUGUUUUGCUUAAAAAUUUGAAUAUGUACAUAUAAUCCAUUGUAAAGAAAACGUGGUGUAUUUGUCUCCAAAUAAUAGUUUUUCUAUACCGACCCCUCUGUAUUAUUUCUCCUGUAGUGUGUCUCCUGUUGAUCUUUUCCUCCAUUGAUUAAAGGUCGAACUGUA